AAAGUUGAGCUUAAUCGGAGAAAAUUGACUAAUCAGUAUCUUCUUUUCAACGAAUUCAUCUUUUAGUAAAGUUAAGAUCUCUAAAGAGAAAAAAAGUAAAAUUUUUGUUAUGUUAUUUGUUUUGCCCAUCAACUUCGAGGGGAUUUUAAGAAAUUGAAAGAUUUUAAAAACAAAACUGCAUUUUAUUAUUAAAAUUUUAAGAAAAUAAAAAGUUUUCGGUUAUCAUCUGGCAAAACCGCUCCUUCUUCUUCGACGCCUGUCCUUGUUUAAUGGUCGUUAUCUUUUCACCGAACUAAAGUUAUAUAUUAAUUUUGAAGAACUUUCAUGAAUUCCUCAUUUUUUUGAAGCUCUUCAUUGAGAGAUUUUUUUUUCUGAUUUCACGUGCUGCAUUUCCGCUUAUAAUUCUCUACGCAUUUGCUAAACAAUUCAAGGAGAACUCACACAUAACUUGAAAAUGUCGAAUAAGACAAAUUUGAUUAUCAACUAUCUUCCACAGAUGUUAACCGAUUCAGAGUUCAGCAAUCUGUUUUCAAGCAUUGGUUCAGUAAAAGCGGCAAAGAUUGUGCGCCACAAGACCACAGGAUACAGCUAUGGUUUUGGUUUUGUUGAAUAUGCACGUGAAGCUGAUGCAUCUAGAGCCAUCCAAACUUUGAAUGGCUUUCAAUUACAAAAUAAGAAAAUCAAAGUGGCCUACUCUCGUCCUGGUGGUGAGAAUAUCAAAAAUGCAAAUUUGUAUGUUAGAGGAAUCCCAAAAAAUAUGAGUGAAAAUGAAUUGGAACAACUCUUUGCACAGUUUGGUGAGAUUGUUCAGUGUCGUGUAUUAAAAGAUGCUACAGGUGGCAAAAACAAAGGAGUUGGUUUUGUUCUUUUUGAUCAAAGAGGGCAUGCUGAAGAAGCUAUGAAAAAGAUGAAUGGGGAGACUCUAGAAGGAGGAACUGAGCCUUUAAUCAUUAAAUAUGCUGAGGACAAUGCUAAGAAAGUUCGACCUCCUAUGGCAGGUAGUGGUGGUGGUGGUAAUAGUAUGGGUGCCCCAUAUCAUGAUCCAUAUGCUGCAACCAUGCCUGGUAGAUUUGGAGGUGGUGGACCCGUGAGGCACUCCUUACAAGGUAGAUUCAGAUUUAAUCCAAUGACAAAUAAUGGAGUUGGCAUGAGUCCCUAUGGUGGUUAUUCCACGCCUUCUGGUCUUACUGUUAGCGGUGGAGAAGGUCACAUAUUGUUUGUUUAUAACAUUGGACCUGACACUGAUGAGAAAACCCUUUGGCAGUUGUUUGCCAGGUACGGAACAGUGCAAAAAGUCAAUGUUAUUCGAGAAGGUGGCACUGGAGCUGGUAAGGGUUAUGGCUUCGUUACAAUGCCUAGUUAUGAUGAAGCUGUCCUUGCAAUCGAGUCUUUAAAUGGUUGCAGUUUCUUUGGCAAACCUUUACAGGUUUCUUUCAAAUCUGGCAAAUGACAUUAAAAUCAUGACGUCUUUUUAUCAUUUAUGUAAGAUUCAGUUGAAGUUAUAUUCAUUUUGACAAAAGGUUUCCUGUGUUAAUAAAUGCUGAUAAAAACCUUGUGUAGAUAAUUGGACUUAAAAACUGUUAAAAUUAUCAUUGGUGAUUGUAAAAAUUAUGAAGCAUUUAUUUUAUUCAUUUGUUUCAGAAAUGCAUCUGAGAAGUUCAUAUUUCUCUAAAUAAAAGUUUAGUGUAAUAA